GCUCCAGUCGCGGGCAGCAUCGUCACCAUCUCGGGCGGUGGUUGCAGUACCCGAAUGGGUUCUUGAAGAGGUACAUCUGGUGGUAAAUCUCUGCCCGCCAGAAGUCGUCAGGCUUGGCGCUGACGAUCUCGGUCACGAUGGGGCUGCUCCACCUGGCCUGCAUCUCCUCCUUGACCUUCUCGGCCGCCGCCUUCUGCUCGUCGGAAUGCACAAAGAUGGCCGACCGAUACUGCGGACCAACGUCGUUCCCCUGACACACAGGAAGUAAGAGAAGACACACAUGGCUCUUUCCCUGUGUGUCCGUGUGUUGUGGUGGUCAGCCGCCCAACUCACCUGUCUGUUGGGUGUGGUAGGGUCAUGGAUGCGGAAGAGGUACUCGCACAGCUGCGCGUAGCUGACCUUGUCGGGGAAGUACUCGAUCUGCAGGGCCUCGGCGUGGCCGGUGGUCUUGGAGCACACCUCCUCAUAGGUGGGGUCGGGCUUGCUGCCGCCCAUGUACCCCACCGAUGUGCUCUUCAGCGCUGCCCCAAACUCAUUGCGGAAGAACCUACACAUCACGUCCCAUCACAUCACAUCACAUCACACGGGGAGGCUAUGGCUCCUGCGCUCAGAUCACUGACUUUUCGAUGCCCCAGAAGCAGCCGCCAGCGAAAGACGCGUACUCCGAAGGCGCAUCCUUGUCAGCGCCCUCCACAUAGUUUGGCGCGGUGGCAGGCUUGCGCUCGUCGACUCCCAGGAAGGCCGCCAUCAGGGGUGUGGUCGUGAGUGCUCGCCUGAACGGGCGGAGUGCGGCAGGGGACUGCUGCACGAGCCGCUGCAGCGACUGUGAGGAGGGAAGGGUGAAGGAGAAAGAUGGGCUGAGUGCGACGGACAGGGCUACGCAGAUCUUCAACGAACUCAUCGCAUUCCUUCCUGUUGCCGUGUUGGUAGUCUUUUGCAGCCGCGACGGUUCGUGUCUUUGCCUCGCAGAGUUACGGGCUAAAGUCCGUUUCGCCUUCUUAAAACGGAAGUCCAU